UUCGCUUCGUUGUUGUUGUUGACCUGCUCGUGCAUUUAUUGUAAGAUUAAUAAUACGUGAUGUGUUAAUGUUGAAUUUAAAUGUUAUACAUUCAUAAACAGGGAAAACGUUAAGUCAUAAAUUUGACGACAAAUUAAUUUUCUCACGUGGUCGGAAGCAAUUUUAAGUAACUUGGGAUCGUCACUCAGCUCUAGUACUAAGCCCACGUACAGUUGCCGCCUGACUCGUAAAGCUGUGUGAGGUCUAGCCCGACCAGGCUCUAUGACUGUUUCACGUCGUAGAAUCGAACGAUCGACUUCUCGCCACGCAGUGAGAAGCGCGAAGAUAAUGAUAGCAGAAUCAAGUUAAACAUGGAAUAAUGCAACUGAGUCUUACUACAACACUGCGUAGGUACAGUGACAGGCCAUGGCUAGAGGAUGGUUCUGGUGUUUGUGACUGAUCUACGUACACAUGACAAGAAGAAAUGUCAGAACGUGAAGCUACAGUAGGCCUAUGCUUUAGAUCUGGAGAUUCUUCACAUCCAUCUGAUUCUGAUAUAAAGCCUGAGCCAGUGGAGAAAAAUGAUCAGUUAAAAGCAGUCAUUCUUCAGAUUCUCAGUGAUGCAGUCAGUGUUAGCAGUGAUGGCAACAAAGGAAAACCUAGAAAGAUGCAAAGACAUAAAUCUGCUCGAAGCUCAAGCUUGUCAAGGCUGCCGCAAACGAAUGGCUCAGUGGCUAUAAAGCCAGCCCGAGAAUACUGGCUUGAAAACAUCAAGAGAGCAGGUAGUGUGAGGAGUAGAACAAUGAGUGGAGUACCUUUAACUACCUCUCACAGCAGUGGUUAUUUAAGCAGCUCAGACUACCUAAGGCACAUGGUUUCAUCUCCGAGGGGCCAGAGGCGGCCUCAGAGUGGGGGCCUACACUCUAAAGGGAAAUUUGCGAAUUCUGGAGCCAGCUACUCCAAUCACAAAGAUCCUAUCGACAUGUAUGAUGAAAUAAUUCAACUGAAAAAGACGAUACAGUCAGUGGAAGCUGAUGGCAUGACGCUAAAAACAAAAUUGCGACGGAUGGAGGAAAAUGGACAGAAAAAAGACAAGCAGAUUGAGCAGCUGUUGAACCCCAGUGGAUGUGACGAAAUGCGUCGGUCUCUUGGCACUAAACAGGCAGAUAACUCAGCCGUUACAAAUGCCCUCAAGCAGAAGAUUUUUAAACUAGAGCAGACACUAAGGCAGCGAGAAACAGAUUUCAGGAAAUUAGAAAGUUCUUUGAAGACCACAAAGGUCGAAGAGAUGAGAGUCCAACUUGAGGCGUAUUACCAGGAAGUACUUCGUCUGCGGGCUGAACUUUCACAGACUCCCUCACAUCCUGAGUCUGCUCCUAGACAUCCGAGGAUGAAAGAGGUUGCAGCUAAGCUGAGAUCCCUGAAUGGUUCCGUAAAAACGCUGACUCGCGAGAAGCAGAAGAUGGCUGCUGAGAACCGAACAAUACGGCUCAACCUUGAAAAGACACUCGAGACAAGCAGGUGCCUUGAGAAGACUCACAGGAAGUGUGAGGAGGGCACUGAGAUGAACAGGAAGCUGCAGGAAACAAUUGCCAGUCUGGAGAAAAAGCUAGAAGAGGAAAGGGAGCAGGUGGCAGACAUGAAAACGUUUGUCAGUAAAAAUUCAGUCGUCACAGAAGGUAAGCUGCCACUGAGAGGGAGUGCACAGCAAUGUCUAGAGCAGUUGGAUAGACGAGAGACAGAGCUACUGGAGGAAAGAGAAAAAUUGAGAGGAGUGAUUCGGCGGCUGAGGCAGGACCGAUCGCAUUACAAACAGAAGCUGGAGGUUAAGGAGAAAGCUGUAAAACAACUGCAGAAGGAGAGCGUUGAUGCUGUGGCUGAACUGCAAGCGGAAAAGGAGAAGCGUCGCAGCCCCAGCUUGGGGAGAAGCUCCAUACGUGUACUGCAGUCUCCCCACGACAGUGUUUCUACAACUCCAGAGAAGCGACCCCGAAGAAUUUCUGCCAUUGCAACUAAGGCAAAACUUGCUUCUGCACCCACUAGAGGGAACCACGAGUCUGACUCACAGAAUGGUAGUCAACAGCAAGACCCUGUAGACAGUGGUGGUUACCUACAGUGUGAAGCCCUUGAGAUGGCUGCUUACAAUCUCAGGCAGCAACGUGCGGCAACAACCAUACAACGAAACUGGAAGAUUUUCAGACAGCAGAAAACGGCGUUGGCAGCGAAAGAGGAAGCAGCUGUACUAAUACAGUCUACACUCAGAGGACACUUUGAGAGAGAGGAACGGCUGCAUACGAGCAGGCCGGUGCUGGCAUCUAGUGGGGAGGGAAAAAUCUAUAAUGCCGGCGACGUGACUGUCGUUCAAUCUGCACUGCGGGCGCACAUGUACAGAGAGCAAUACCUACGUGAUGAAGAAAUCAGGGACCUGCACGCGUGUGAUAGCGAUGACUCCCACGCAACGGUGACGCUCGACAGAAGCGCUACCGCCACCACCUCGCCGCAGAGGAGACACUUCCGAGAGAAAGCCUCGGUUUCUCUGCUCGACGGAGGAGCACCGGUGAGAGGCGCCACACAUGCGCUGGCUGCCUCGCACGAUUCGCCCGCUAGCCAUCCUCCGUCCAGCCCCGCCCGACCCACCGACACCACACCAGUCGCCGAUGCCGUGACGAGCGACGAUGAUGAUAUUGUGAUCGGGUGAACCCGCAUCGUUGCUAUCGUCUUGCGGUGCGGGGGAAGCGGCGGGGAACGGUCAACUCAUAGGAAGCGUAAAUAAUUGGUUACGAAUUGACACGUUCUGUGCGUCCUCGGAUCCGUCCAUAUGAAUCGCCAGCCACUUUUGAGAUAUUUUUUUUUGUAUAAAUUGUGUUGUGUAAAAAAGCAUUUGUAGAUUAGGUAAAUAACCUUGUGCGUGAACCAGUAAGCUAUCCGUCCCGGAUGUGUCACUCAGCGUGGCUCUAGUUUGUAAUGAUUGCUGAAAAGCGUUUGUGAUACGACACCAUAUCUGAGUUUCGUAUGUCGCGCAGGCUUACGAAUAUUGUAUUCACACAUUGUAAGCGGCCUCUCAAGCUGUAUAUUCAACCUGUAAUGUUACAUAGAGGCAUCUGUUAGAGCUACGCUGUAUUUCUUACAGAAGUGCCCCCUUGACAUAAAGCAAAGCUAUACGAGCUGUUAUUCUCACGUCGUAUGUAGUCAUGUGAUAGAUCUGCGUGUUGUAAGUGGUUGUAGUAAAUUGUGGUGAUCUUCACAGCGAGGUUUCUGUAGGCCUGCCAAAGCAAUGCGAUCAUGCAUUGUGCAUGCAAAUGCGUCUACUCACAAUGUGGCGAAUUGACCUAUCUGCCUGGACUGAUUGACACAGACAGGUGGCUCUAGCCAAUCAGUGUUGGAAUAGGGGCAUUCUAAAAACGCUGCUUAGUAACAAAAACAUGCAAUUCAAGUAUAGACUAGCUUACAUCGCUAAUAUGUAGCUUGGCCGACCUAGCAACAACAUCUACCGGGGCAUGGUUAAUUUGCUCAGACGGGUAGCUCAAUUCGCACACUAGGGUUUCUAACUUGAAUCCAAUCAACUUCUACAUGUGGUGGAGAAUCUAAUGUUAGUUUGUAUAGCUGUAAAGAUGAAUGAAGGUUUAAAGUAUAAAAACAUACGUAAUUAUUGCACGGUAGAAGUUUUGUCCCAGUCAGUGGUGUUCGUGUGAAACAGCUGCCCUGUUUGCCAAAAUGGGCUAUUUAUAUUCGGGAUAGAUUUCGUGUGAAAUAAAUUGGAAAUAAAUUAUUUAUUUUUAGUCAUCUAGACCGUA